AAAGUGGCCAGUAACUAGGCGGGGCACAAAGCUUCAUGACCUUGAUUUUCAUAAUAAAUAAUUCCGAAUUUUUCCUACAACAUCUGGCUGCUUGGCGCAAAAUACAAAACGGGAAGUUUCCGUGAAAUACCCUGUAUGUACUUUUAUCUUUUCAUUUCUCUUAUAGAAUACAUAUUUUUUAUACUGGAUUAUGAAGAACUAGAAAAAACGCUUAAAAUUUAAGGCGUGUGAUCCUUUAAACUAGAAAAAAAUCUACGUUUCUACUUAGUUCAACUCUUAAUUACUGCUGUCGUCACGUAGGUAUCGUCACUUUUUUACUGGUAUCUUGUUUGCCUGAAUUCUAAUUUUUUUUCAUACAUAUUGGCCUCAUUUUGAAUAAUUGCUAAGAAUCGCUUUUAUUUAUAAUUUUCUGUACAUUUGUUUGCGCGCUUUUGUUGAUCGCAGGUUAUUCUCUUUCGAUUAUGUCCAACUUUCAAUACAGUGAAAUUGUAAUGAUCUGUUGUUUUAGAUAGAGAAUUUAUUUAUCAAGUUUCCUGAGAUAGCAAUGUUUUGCAAUUGUGUCUAAAAUCUAUUCUUUUUUCAGGUGGCAAUUUCUUAAUUGUUUCAUGCGAUUUUUUUUAUCGAUUACUAUAUUAAAUUUACCUAGACACGAUAUUGGGCUAAAGCCUUCUAAUUGAUCAGCAACUUCAAAAUUAUCCAUCUAAAUUUACGCAUGGUUAACUCUUGAUUUAUUCUAAAAUCGAAAAGGUAAAACGGAUGCGAAAUGUACCAUUGCUCUGAAGACGCAGUUACCACUAAAAGUUCAGUGCUGUACGAUGCUGUUACUUUCGAGUGUCCCAGUAUCAUCAGUAACGACGAUAUCACCAGCCCUGUUCAUUUGUCAGCGUGCGAUGCAUCGGAGAGCAGUAGCAGUGUGCAUCUUAAAAAUGACGUUGUCUACAGAGUUUUAGACGGUACAAGUCUACAAGAUGUUAACGGAAGCAAUCAAAAUUUGCUUGAUGAAUCAGUGCUUCAAGAUGUUAACAGUACUGGCACGUUUGCCGUCCGUCUCGACAGCGUCAAUAUCGACACCGAUGUCGUCAUGAGCAGUACUUCAGAACCUCAGGCUGGGAAUAGCGCUGAAAUAAAUGAGGAUGACACUUACUUGCAUCCAGCUGGUGCUCGGGACGAUUUUAUCGCUGAUGGUAGAUCAGAGAAGCGGAGGAAACGUCUGACUCUCAAAGGAAAAACUUACGCAAAUGAGAGGAGUAGUUUGCAAAGGAGAUGCAAUGUUGAAGUAAAUUUUCCUAUGGAUGACGAGUUUAAAGAUGGCGUUUACAAGCAAAGGCGAUGCCGGUUAACCUUGGAGGUGAAAGUUGAUAUAGUCAAGCGGGUCAUGGCUGGCGAAAAACAAAGAAGUCUCGCUGAAGAAUAUAACUUAAACUUCAAUACGGUUAAGACGAUAGUGAAAAACUCUUCGAAAUAUCUCCAGUGCUGGAAUGAAGGCACCUUCACUCCUGGUACAAAGAGACUUAAAGGAGCAAAGAGAGAAGACUUGGAACGUGUUCUCUGUCAUUGGUAUCACAAGAUGAUUGCAAGCAACAGUGGUCCGGUCACAGGCUCCCAACUAUGCUCGAAAGCGAUGGAUAUCGCAGCUAGGUUGGGCCACUCAGAUUUCAAAGCUUCACACGGUUGGCUGGAUCGAUUCAAGAAGAGGAACAACAUCGCGUUUAAUAAAGCAAGCAUGAUUAAAGAGUCCAGUGAUCAAGCUACAGCUGGUGACUUGAAUCUACAGCCUGAAACUUUCCCGCUUGGAGACGCGUUAAUUUAUCACGAUCCCUGCAAUGUUUUUACCUUGCAAGAGGUCGGCAUAUUUUACAAAGCGUUGCCACGUUAUGCCCCUUCAUUGAGCGGAAAUAGGUGUGCUGGUGGCCUUAAGUCUAGCGAAAGAUUUACAGUUUUACUGUGUGCUAACGCAAUAGGAUCGGAAAAAUUCCCCUUGCUUGUGGUAGGAGCUAUACCGAAAAUUCAGUACCGUCAACUUGUACCCGAUUCUCCGGUCCAGUAUAUCUACGAUCCUGAUUCCUGGCUAACGAAAGAAAGCGUGUUUGCUUGGCUGCUUGACUUGGACGACUGGUUUUCACAGCACAGGAGGAAAGUCUUGAUGAUUGUUUCAGACCUACCAGUGCAGCAAGGCAACAUGCGUCACAAGUUCAACUCUCUGGUUGUUUACCAAUUGCGGCCUCCUUCUACAUUACCUCUGCGCUCAAACGUGGUUCCUACUUUUAAACUUCUAUACCGUCAAGGAUUGUUGUCAGAGCUUUUAAAAGACAAAGAGAAAGUCAAUGAACUUUGCUCUGAAGAUCGCAACAGUAUUAAAUUACCGCUAAGUGUUCACAUAUCAUUACUUGGGAAGGCCUGGGAAGGUAUCUGCAACCGUGAAAUUAUCGAAGGCUUUCACAAAACUGGCCUUAACAGAUACAGCGGAUGGCUUCCCAACCACGUAAGUGAAAAUGUGGUUAAACUCGUUCCUGAAUUACUGGAGGAGUACAGAAAACUAGACCAUGUCCCUAACGGAUUUUCCAUGGAUAACUACGUCAACUUUGAUGCGUUGUUGCAAGUGUGUGAUGAAUUGACCGUUGAUGACAUGAUCGCACAAGUCCUGAUCGGCAAGGAAUCAAGAGACGAGGUUGAAGUGUCGCAAGUCGAGUCUGAUCACGAGCUGGAGCGACAUCUCGCCGUGGUCCAUGAAUACGUCAGCAGGGUGGGCGACUCGGAUUUAUCUUCUCUUUUUCAGCGAUUCCAAGAACUAUUGAAACAGGUACCGGAUACUCAAUUAUGAUUGCGUUUAACAUACGUAGCGGUUCCAUUAGCCGCCGUAGUGACAUUUAUUUCAUCAAGAUAAUCCUGUCUAUAGUCUGUAUGAAUAGAACUCUCCGUAUUCAAUCAACUUAAGGGGAGUGCAAUAAUUUACGAGGUGUCCUGUCUCUUGCAUUCAUAAUUCCAAAUCGCUGCACUCCUACGUUUUUGACCGACUUGCUCUCAUUCAGUAAUGUUCCAUUACCAAACUUUACUGUUUCAUGGCGCGAAAUAAUCUACUGUGUAUACUUUAUCUUCAAAGUUUUCAUGUUAGUAUCUGUUUUAAUUUUGAGAUAUGAAGUACUUGCAUGGUUUAAUAUCAAUUAGAUUAGAUAUCAAAUAGAUCCUUUUCCUUCAGGAAUACAAACAAAAUUGAACUAGUGGAAUUCACUGUAUCAAGUUCAUUGCCGUUCAAGCUUUCAACCUUUAUUUUUGGCUGUAUUCGAGUACGAUGAAUAUAAAUUUCGUUAUAAUCUUAUUCAAAACAUUUAACUACAUGAUCUAUAUUGAUUCUGAAGAAUAAAUUAACUGUUAGUUUAAUUAUUUUACAUGCAUUCAUAGUGAAAAAUAAUUAUUUGUAAAUUAAAAUGAAAUAAAUCAGUCAUUUAUGUCGCAACUUGAUCAUUUUAUUGACUUGUCAGUUCUUGGUAUAAAAUGCUUCGUAGUUGGAUAAUAUCUGCAGUAUUUUGUUUAUGUUUGAAUACAUGUAAUCCGUUAAGCUUUAAAUAUUAUCCAAUUUGUCACUUGCUGAUGUUUCGUGCCUCACAAAUUGUUAUUUCAAGCUGGUCUGAUCUCAUAAUUGUGAGCAGUGACAGAACGCGCCGUCGGAAGUUUUUAUACUUGCAUUUAAAUGCGUGAAUGAAAAACUAUUAAAUUGCUCUGCAACUAAUUAAUGUUAUUGCUAUAUCUAUUCAAAAAGAUACGUGAUGAAGGCGAAAAACGCGCAGGGCAAAAUUAUUCUACUGUCAACUUUAAAUAUGAAUCUGUACUUCCUGUGCUAGAAUGACAGUUACCAUCAGGCAACACACGACUUCAUCUUUAAAUUCAACGAUAAAGGCAAGGUUAAAGUAGAGCAACAACAGCCUACCUUCUAUUUGUAUUCGGUGCAUUAUUAUUUUAUUUAAAAGGAUUUUGAGGGCAUGAUGAGUAAUUAAAGUUCCGACGAGCAGUUUUCGUGAUAAACUUGGUCUUCUAUUCAUAGACUGUAAACUGAAGUUGUAAGGUACAGGCCGCACAAAAAUUCAUAUUUUCCCAGUCUGAACUAAUCUAGCGAGGUAUUGAAUUUAUCAUGCAAAGUGCUGCACAAUCUUUUUCUCAGUGCUUGAAGUAUUAUUGAGAAUUAGUGUACUUACGAUGCGUUUUGAAAAAGUGACUUCACAGGAAUAUAACCCGUCAUUUUAUCUAAUGUAUUUAUUUUCGCUACUUUACCGUCUGUCAUUCUUAAUACAAAAUAUUUUGUUUAUUUUCAUGUAUAAUAAUCGAGGUCAAAUCUUCGCAUUCCAUAAUUUUUUUCCAACUGUUAUGUAUGUCAUAGGUUAACAACCAGCCGGAAAUUUUAGCGCAACCAUCCAUUAAAUGCACUUGCUUGUCAUGAAGGUCAUUAAUACGAUAUAAAAUCUCGAUGUUUUAUAAUAGAACUGAUAGCAUAAAUUAUGUAUGAACGAACAACAGAAGUACGAGAAUAGAAAAUUAAAAUAAAGUGGAUUGUAUAUAUUUGUCAUCUAUAAAUAAGAGUUGAAAAUCCA